GAGGCGAAAAUUGCAAGAAAAAAAAAGGUUUUAAAAAAAUGAAAUUCACAGAUUCGCCGGUGAUCGAGCUGAGCGUGCACGACACGCGCCUCUCGUUCCAGCAGGACAACGGCUCGAUGCACGUCGGCACCUCCGUGUGGCCCUGCUCCCUCGUCCUCGUCAAGUUCGCCGAGCGCUGGAGCCCGCUCACCUGCUCCGCCGCCGCCGAGAACCCCUACGCCGCCCUCCUCAACUUCGCCGGCCGCCGCGGCGUCGAGAUCGGCGCCGGCUGCGGCGUCGCCGCCAUGGGGCUGUACGCGCUCGGCCUCCGCGACGUCGUGGCGACGGACAUCGCCCCCGUGAUGCCGGCGCUGCGGCACAACCUCAAGCGGAACAAGCCGGCGCUGAGGAAAGCGCUGAGGACCGCGCAGCUCUACUGGGGGAACGAGGAGCAGACGAAUUCACUGAAGCCGCCGUUCGAUCUCGUGGUGGCGACGGACGUCGUGUACCUGGAGGAGACCGUGGCGCCGCUGAUCGGCGCGAUGGAGCGCCUCGUGGCGGACGACGGCGUCGUUUUGCUAGGGUACCAAUUGAGGUCGCCCGAGGCGCACGAGAUGUUUUGGGAGAUGUGCCGCGGCGUUUUUGAUGUGGAGAAGAUCCCGCACGAGCAUUUGCAUCCGGAUUAUGCGUAUGAGGAGGCUGAUGUUUACGUUUUCAGGAAGAAGAGGAAGUGAACAGAUCGUCGAAUUCGAGAUUCCGGGUACAACGAAGAUGUUCUCGUCUUGCCAACUGAGUUGGGCUUCAUUGUCCGUUUCCGAUUGAGUUGGCUGGAGAUUUGAUACUUUUCAGGUAAGAGGUAUGCUUACAAAUUUUAGUGCAGAAUUCAUGAAAUGUGACUUUACUUGAAUGUAAUUCACUCUUCAUUAUGUGAAGUGUUAUUUCAUGAUUUCAUUAUUUAUGUAUGAAUAACGAAACCUCUUAUCUUCUCA